CUUUGUUCAUAAAACGCAAAGGCGAAUUCGAUGGGGGAUUAUGUGGGUGUGGGGACUGAUUUACCAGAUUGGAGAAAUAUAGUGAUACCUGUAGAAUUGCGAUACAAGGAUGACGGUGAUGUUCCUGGGGAACAUUAUUAUCCGCAUAUAAGACGCCCUAAGGAUGAAGAUUCUACGAUCUCAGCGGAGGAUGAGUAUCUCCUCAUGAAGAAACAAGUCCAAGAUUCCAAGGGUUUUGACAUCGAUUUCACCAAGUUCCGCUGCAUUUUCAAUUACAAACCCGUUAAUCUUGAUGACAACCAGUAUGCUUUGGAACCAGAAACCACCAGAGAGUUCAUGGCCAGGCUAUCUAUGGAGUCCCUAGAGGGAUUCAAUGAAAUAAAUAGUACAAAUUAUGUGUUUGUCAAGGUUAUCAAAGCCAAUUUUCACUUCUCUGCUGGCAUCAUGUUUUACAUUACCUUUCAAGGUAAGCUACUAUCCGAUUAUGUCUUAAAACAGUUCCAAACUAAGGUAAUUUGCUAUUGCGCUGAACCCGAUUUUAUCUCAUGCGAACUCAAACCUGAGAAAAGAGUCCACUCCAUUGAGGCUGCAGAUAAAGAAGAUCCCAAGAAACCGAGAUUGACUGACACUGGAGCCAUCUAAUAUCUAUUACUGGAUCAGACGCAAGCACUCUUGUGAUAAAUUGACCGAGUCGAUGUUAUGAUGUAAUGACACUUGCUACUACUACUUUUGCUACCAAUCUAAGACAAACCGAAUCUCUUAACCAAGUUGAUUAGCAGGCCAA